AUGGAUGACCAAGAUCGAGCUUCUAUGCCGCCGAAAGUGACGACCAAAGUCAUGAAGUUCGAGAUCAUCGAUACCAGAUCGCAAAGCAAGCAUAUCAGCAAGCCUGUGGUCGCAAGCUCAGAGAUUCCACCCUCCUUGGAGCUUUCGAUCAGACGUCUGCAUCUUCCAGAAUCUUCACGAAAGUAA